GUCCUUGGUAAGUGUUCAGAUGAUGUUCACCUGCUUUGGGUCAGGAAGCAAACAUGCAGGCCUUGCCCUCGGAUGUCCCGUGUUCUCUUCUUUCCAGAUGGGGCAUCCUCUUCUCCCACCCUCGGGACUUCACUCCAGUGUGCACCACAGAGCUGGGCCGUGCCACCAAGCUCGCCCCAGAAUUUGCCAAGCGGAAUGUUAAGAUGAUCGCCCUCUCUAUCGACUCUGUCCAGGACCACCUUGCCUGGUGUAAGGAUAUCAAUGCAUACAAUGGAGAGCCGCCCGUCGAGAAGCUGCCUUUCCCCAUCAUCGAUGAUCACAAACGGGACCUCGCUGUCAAGCUGGGCAUGCUAGACCCGGAUGAGCGGGACGGGCAGGGCAUGCCUGUGACGGCGCGCGUGGUAUUUAUUUUUGGCCCUGAUAAGAAGUUGAAGCUGUCCAUCCUGUACCCAGCAACCACCGGCAGGAACUUUGACGAGCUCCUCAGAGUGAUCGACUCCCUUCAGUUGACGGCCUACAAGAAGGUUGCUACUCCCGUGGACUGGAAACCUGGAGACAGCUGCAUGGUGGUUCCAACCAUCUCUGAAGAGGAGGCCAAAUCCCUGUUUCCUAAAGGAGUCUUCACCAAAGACCUCCCUUCAGGCAAGAAAUACCUCCGGUACACCCCCCAGCCCUAGGGGCCUGGGCCAGGGCUCCCUCUAGGCGCUCCCCAGGACCAUUGAGGCGCCUCUACUUAACUCCCGCCUUGUCCCCUCCUUGUGCCUUUCCCAGCAUUCCCCGGGGCACAGAGCCCGCCCUGUGGAGGCUCCCACAAAGACUGCUCUACCGGCCUCCAGAUAAAUCGCCUCCUUUUCUAAUCUCAGCCCAGGCAGGAGACAAACAGCGGGGAGUCAUGGAGGCGUUUCACACUCUUUUCCUCCGUGCUGGAUGUUCUUAAGAGUCUCACCUUUCCAGCAGAUCUAGGCAAGCAAAAUACAAGCGUGAUAUGUUGUGACAUCAGACAAAAGAGCUUUCUGGUUCUGUCACCGCACGGGGAGGAGGCCCAGAGGAGCCCUGCGGACCGGCCAGGGGAGGGGAGGAGGGGGCCACCAUCGCGGUGCCUUUUAAGCCAGUCAGUUAUCUAGGCGAGAGGGGAGAGGGAGGAGAGAAAGAUACUGUUUCUUUACUACAAAAUAUCAUCUCUACAAUGGAUAGUUUUCUGUUUUCUGACAUUUUGCCUUUAGGGGAGCCACAAAUAAAAGACUUUUGAAACUA